AUGAAGCACCGAAUUCUCGUCAUCGCCCUAAUCUCGGGGACUUUGGCUCAACUCCACGGCCCCCGCAUAGCCGGGCUCCUCUUCAAUUGCCCCGAGCUGGCCCAGUACUUCCCUGAGGGCGCAAAAGGUGCCGAGGUUUUCGGAUUCGAGAAGUACGGAGACCCGCAUCUCCAGAAUUACGCGUUCGACUUCGAGAGAAGGGUAUGGGGUGAAUCGCGGUGAGUUUUUGGAAAAAGUUCCUUAUUUUGGCCACAACAAAGGUACUCCGCGAACUGCGCCCAAGCUUGGGCACUAAAGUUAGGAAAAAACGCUUCGACCUAAAAAAGGAACUUUUAUCGAGUUUUUUUUUGGCUUUUGAAAUUCAGCUGAGUUUGAAAUUUUGGGGUGGGAAUCAAAAAAAUUAAAUUUUUGCGAUUUCAGCCCUGAACGUUUGGUCCCAGGCGCUGCGAACGAUCACUGGGCGUUCUUUUCCCAGAAUUUUGACCGAAUUGCAAUUACGCACUUGGUUGGCGGGUAAGUAUUGGCCAAAAGGUAUUUUUUACUCGAAGGAGGACGCUCAAAUUUUGGUGAAAAUUGGCAAAGGUUUAAAAGAAGGUUUUGCGACAAACUUUUGGGUCGAAAAUUGGAAAGAAUUUGUUGAGAAAAACCGGCUCUUUUUGAAACUGCCCCUCGAAAACGAAAUUACUCAUUGGACAACCCAAUGGUAAUGUUUCCACAAAACAUAAAAUUUUCUUUGCGAAAUUAGCAAAGCUAUAGUCAAAAAACGUUCCACUCUUAACGCUCUCCGCUUUUUGCGUACUCUCUUGGCCGUAGAGUUCGUCCAAUAUCUCGGCGGCUCUUGCAAAGCGCAAGCCAAAACUUUUGGGGAUUUUUGUGGCCAAUGCUCGACGUUUGAAAAGAUGCAAGGACAAAAAAAUAUAUUUACCAAAUUUUAAAAAAUAAAUAUUAAAAGGAAAAAGUUCCUUAUUUUGGCCACAACAAAGGUACUCCGCGAACUGCGCCCAAGCUUGGGCACAUAAGUUGGGAAAAACCCUUCGACCUAGCUGGCACUGAAUUAAUAUAAUAGCUCUAUAGUUUUAAGGGUACCUACGAAGGCUGUGACGACUCAUUUAGUUCUAUACGGAGGCAAUAAGUUUAGUUCCGGACAUGUUUCAUCGUAUAAAGUGUAAAAGCACAGGCUGCAGCCGUUUUUGAAGGGUAAGAUGGUACGUAAAAAAGAAGGUACCUCACUAACUAAAUCCACUGUCUGGGCAUUGACAACGAUGAACUGAGCGUUCACGCUAAAUUUGGGCUAAUUCCGACCAGUUCCCGCAAAGUUAUAAGUUGUAGCCAGAAUAAGGAACUUUUACCUACAUAUUAAAAAAAUUAAAAAAAAAUUUAUGUUUUUAAUAUUUUUUUAAACAUUUUUUUUGUUUUGAGGAAGAUUUAUUUCUACUGGCGAGACACGCCUCACGACCGGCAUCUUCUCCCAUUUAAUGAAGUGUUGGUUCAAGAAUACUUUGUGCUCGGCGCCUACAUUUAUUAUUGGAUGUGGACGCAGGAUCCUCGAUUUGGUCGUCAAAAUGUUUUUGGCGGAUCCUUAAAACCCGACGUUACUGCACCAUUUAAAAAAUCGAUCAUUCUUUAUAACAACAGAUUGGGCUGGGACACGUCUUCGUUCCUCUACUACUACGAAGUGGAUACCAUGUAUCGUUUGGAGACCAAUGUUUGUCGUCGGGAGUUUAGUAUCCUAAUUUGGAUUAACAAUCAAGGAACGUCGGUAAGGAAAUUUUAAAUUAAAAAAAUAUUUUUUUUUUAAUUUUUCUUUUAUUUUUUGCAUUUUUUUUCAGAACAUAUUCCGUGAUGCACAAUGCGUCCCGGAAAUUGGAAUUUUUGCCAGAGCCAACUUAGAUGUUGUUUAUCCACUGGUAGGUUGUUUUUUACCGUUUUGAGAGCUUGAACAAUGUUUCAGACCAAGUUCGCAUGGCUCGCAGCAAACUGCCGAGCAAAGAUAUUUGGAGAUGUCGCGGUGUAUGCCCAUGCGCAUAUCCGUUUUCUCUCUCCAGCGCCUACGGUGGGUGGAAAAAUGUUUUUUUUUUUAUAAUAUCAGUCUGUCGGGAAAAUAACGGCGGGUCGUCGCAGCAGAAUGUCUCGCCUCGUCGAAAGAGGGCUGCAGUCGCGCAUCCAAAUCCCCAGCGGCUGCUAGCCGUCGCGAAGCGAUGAUGGGCGGGCCGAGGCGCAACGACCCGCCGUUGGAAACAGUUGCUUAUUCUGGCCAGAACAAAGGUCUCUGCGAACUGCGCCCAAGCUUGCGAACUAAAGAAAGGCUUCGACUUAGUUUGCACUGAAUUACUAUAAUGGCUCUAUAGUUUUAAGGCACCUACAAAGACAAUGACGACUCAUUUUGUUCCAUACGGAGGCAAUAAGUUUAGUUCCGGACAUGUUUCAUCGUAUAAAGCGUAAAAUCGCAGGGUGCAGCCGUUUUUGAAGGGUAAGGUGGCACGUAAAAUAGAAGGUACCUCACUAACUAUCAGUCUGUCGGAAAAAUAACGGCGGAUCGUCGCAGCAGAAUGUCCCGCCUCGCCGCUGUCGCGCACCAAAUCCCCAACCGCGGCUUGCAGUCGCAAAGCGAUGAUGGGCGAUUCCGAGGCGCGACGAUCCGCCGUUAUUUUUCCGACAGACUGAUAAAUGCACUGUCCCGGCAUUGACAACGAUGAAUUGAGCCUGCACGCCAAAUUUGGGCUAAUUCUGACCCGUUUCCGCAAAGUUAUAAGUUUUGGCCAGAAUAAGGAACUUUCCGUUAUUUUCCCGACAGACUGAAAAUGCACGGUGCGAUAAAAAAAUUUUGAGGAUAUUUUUUUUUGUCGCACAGUGCAACUUUUGCGACAAUUUCUUUUUUCUCCGCACUGUGCAAAGCGUCGUCGGGAACUAUUUAUUUUCGUUGCGCGGUGCGAAAUUUUUCUUUUUUUUCAUUUUUUCUGCACAUUGCAGUUUUAGCGACAUUUAGUUUUGUGUGCGACACGACGAUUUUUUGACUGCACAGUACAGGAAAGAAGUAAAAUAAAAAUUCAAAAUUUUGCUGUUUUUGCAAGUUUUAUUUUCAGAUUUUUGAUCCAAAACCGGCCCCCACGGACACAACUACCACGACUACCACUACCACGGUAUAUUUUUCCUGCCAACUUUUUGUUUACUCCGGGGUUUUUUGACUGCACGGUGCAGAAAGCGGUUACGGUUCAAAUGAUGCUGUAAGUUUUGUUUUCAGACCACCACCACAACAACAACGACCACAACGACUACCACGACCACCACCACAACAACCACCACAACCACGACUACAACUCCAACAACUACGGUGCCCACUACGGUAAGUUUAUGGCAGGGCUCAAAACAAAAUUCACAGUGCACAAGGUAAUGUACUGCACAUUGCGGAUUUUGUCGCAACCAGAGAUUGCCACGGUCAAGAUUUCGGCUCCGGCUCUUAGCUCCCAGAGCCGGAGCUGGGACCAAAUUUGCAGCUCCGGCUCCCGGCUCUCGUAAAAAAUUUAAAAAGGUCUCCGGCUCCGAAUCCCGGCUCCCGCGCAAAAAAAAUUUUUAAAAAUAUCUUACCAAAAAUAAGUUAUUAGUGCCGGAUAUCAUACACCCAACGUUUUUGCAGCCAAUUCGUAUGCAGCACAUCCUUUCCAGUAUUUUUCAAGCAAUUUGGUUUAUGAAAUUUUUGCUUUUCUGAACGCUGAGAAGCCUGGCUCCGACUUUGGGCUCGGGAGCCGGAGCCGCACUCAAAAUUUCCGGCUCCGGCUCUGGCUCCCGGCUCGGAGCCGGAGCCGCUCAGAGCCGGAGCCAAGAGCCAGCUCCGGAGCCGUGGCAAUCUCUGGUCGCAACUUUUUUUUGCUACGCAAUUUUUAUGGUUGCACAGUUGAGAAAAAAAUACAAUAAAAAGUUUGCAGUAAGCUUUAUCUUCAGACCACCACCACAACUACAACAACAACGACCACAACGACCACCACGACCCCAACGACCUCGACUACCACUCCAACAACUACGGUACCGACUACGGUAAGCUUGUGGAGAAAUUUUUGUUUUUGCGCUUUUCAUUUUCGCCGUAAGUUUUGUAUUCAGACCACCACCACAACAACAACCACGACUACCACUCCACCGUCUACUACAGUGCGUUCUACGGUAAGUUUAUGGGAGUAGUUUAUUUUCCCAUUUUUGCACACUCCAAUUUUUAUUUUCAGACCACCACCACAACAACUACCACCACCACCACGACUACCACUACAGUAGGUUUACGGGCAUUACCCAAAAAAAGCGACAAGAAAUUUUUGAUUCUUAAAUUUGCACCGUGCGAAAUUUGUCGCAGCACUGUGCGUUGGAAAUUCCGUUGCACUGUGCAGACAUGUCAUGUGUUUGGGCGUCAAAAAGUAUUUUGUUCUUCUUUUGUCACUGCACUGUGCAACGCAAAAGCUUUAUCCCGUUUCUGUGGUCGGCAGAGUGCACAGUGCACAAAAUAAUGUACUGCACAGUGCGGAAUUUGUCACAAAUUUUUUUGCAAUUUUUGCACAGUGCAGAAAAAAUACAGAUGAAAUUUUGCUAUAAGCUUUGUUUGCAGACUACCACCACAACGACGACCACCAUCACGACUACCACUCCAACAACUACAGUUCCCACUACGGUAAGUUUGGCGGGGCUCAAAACAAAAUGGGUAAAAGUUCCUUAUUUUGGCCACAACUUGUAACUUUGCGGAAACUGGUCGGAAUUAGCCCAAAUUUAGCGUGCACGCUCAAUUCAUUGUUGCCAAUGCCCGGACAGUGGAUUUAGUUAGUGAGGUACCUUCUUUUUUACGUACCACCUUACCCUUCAAAAACGGCUGCAGCCUGUGAUUUUACACUUUAUACGAUGAAACAUGUCCGGAACUAAACUUAUUGCCUCCGUAUGGAACUAAAUGAGUCGUCACAGCCUUCGUAGGUACCCUUAAAACCGUAGAGCUAUUAUAGUAAUUCAGUGCCAGCUAGGUCGAAGCGUUUUUUUCCUUACUUUAAUGCCCAAGCUUGGGCGCAGUUCGCGGAGUACCUUGGUUGUGGCCAAAAUAAGGAACUUCUUCCACAAAAUGCACAGUGCACAAAAAAAAUGUACUGCACAGUGCGGAAUUUGUCACAAGAUUUUUUGCAACUUUUUUUUGCUAUGCGAUUUUUACUGCCAAAAAACAGACAAAAAUACAAUUAAAAUUUUGCUAUAAACUUUGUUUUCAGACUACUACCACAACGACCACCACAACGACUACCACUCCAACAACUACGGUGCCCACUACGGUAGGUUUGUGAGUGGGCUCAAAAACUCAAAAUUUUUGUUGUAAUUGAAAGUUUUAUUUAGACGUCAACGCCCACCACCACCACGACUUCCACUCCAAAAACUACGGUGCCCACUACGGUAAGUUUGUGGCAGGGCUCAAAUCACCGAUGAGAAAUGAUGCUGAAAGUUUUAUUUUCAGACCACCACUACCACGACUACCACCCCAACCUCUACUACGACUACAGCACCUUCUACAACGGUAGGUUGGAGAUUGCUAAAAAAGCGAUCAGAAAUUUUUGAUUUUUAAAAUUUGCGCAGUGCGAAAUUUGUCGCAGAGCGCACAGUGCAGAAUUCCAUCGAUUGCGACCCCGCACGGAUUGCGACCCAGCAACGAUUGCGACCCCCCAUCGAUUGCGACCCCGCAUCGAUUGCGACCCAAAAUGGGGUAAAGCGACCCCGGGAUGAAAAUUCUUUGAUUCUCUUCGGGAAAAACUUGCUUUAGGGGUUUUCGAGGGUGCUGAUUUCGAAAAUCAUGUUCAUUUUUCCUCUAGUACUACAUAGUACUAUUCUGAUACCAUAUAGUACGAGGUCAAAAUAUGGCUUUUGACGUUAAUGGUGUUGUUUUGAUGCUUAGUACUCUUCAAAAACACGUUUUAAAGACUUGGGGCUAUGUAGUACUGUCUGAUACUAUAUAGUACGAAGUAAAAAUAGGCUUACUAAGCACCAGAACAACACCACGAACGCCUAAAGGCCAACUUUACACCUCGUGCUACAUAGUAUCAGAUAGUACUAUAUAGCAACAAGUCUUUAAAACGUGUUUUUGAAGAGUACUAAGCAUCAAAACAACACCAUUAACGUCAAAAGCCAUAUUUUGACCUCGUACUAUAUAGUAUCAGACAGUACUAUAUAGCCCCAAGUCUUUAAAACGUGUUUUUGAUCGAGCGGGGUCGCAAUCGAAGGAUUCCCACUGUGCAUUGAAAACUUUGUUGCACUGUGCAGACAAAGCUCUUUUUAUGUUUUAUUUACAGACAAAAACAACAACGACCACCACCACCACGGCUGCCACUCCAACAACUUCUUUGACCAAGUCUACCAGUCCGACGUCCAAUAAAGUACCGUUUACUCUUCCGCCCACAACAACUGAUCCCUAUGCAAAGCCAAGUGUGAGCAAUAUGUCUUUCGUCACCACGGAGUUGCCUGAGCCGAGCAAAGAGUAGGUUGUGUUAAAGUGGCCCAAAAAUUCUUAGAACUUUGUCUUGUGAGUGCUUGAGGCUUAGAAAUUUUUCGACGGGGGUUAUAAUAAUUGUUUGUUCUAUUAUAUUUUUAUUUUUUAUUUUACCGAGGUUCAAAUCUCAUGAAUGUUGUCAUUUUUAUUGUAAUUUUAUCCUAGAUUCUGUGGUAUUAUCCAUCAGAGUAAAUGAAAUCGGAUUUCUUUUUGUAAAACAGAUUUUUUUUCAAAAAUUUCGAAUAUAUCCUAGAAAAACUUAAUAGAAAUUCAUGCUAGAAGUACAUCAAGACCCGAAAAAUACUUCCUUUUUAGCCCCGCAGAGUGGGUUUUGCCAGCCAACCACCGAACUGCCUACAUUUUCACUGGCUCCCUUCUGGGCUUGCUCGCCCUUGUCCUCCUUAUUUUAUGCUCAAUUGCGCUGGUCUUCCUCUACAGAAGAAGAAAGGAGAAGGUAAAAAAAAUGACCCCAUAAUCGCACUGAAUUUUUCAGGAAGCAAGGAAAAGGAAGAGAAAGUUGAAGGGACCAAAAAAGGAUAGUUUUACGACGACGGGAACUUCGACAAAUGUGAGCCGCACUAAUGUGACGACAAGGACGGAUACUCGCUCUUCAAUGGGGAAUCGGAAGUCGUCCAAGGUAAGGGAGGAAAUUGAAAAAAUUUGUGACUGCACUGUGCAACCAGAAUUUUUUUUUUGAUUUUUUUUUGCACUGUGCGGCAAAAACUUUUCUGCACGGUGCAGUUGGAAAUAAAAUAAAAUAUUUCCUUGUUGCUUGCACGGCUCAGGCCAAUGUGUUGACUUCACUGAAGCGAUGGGUAAUGAUUGUUGCACAGUGCCAGAUACAGUGUGCGACAAAAUUAUAACCGCACUUUAGGAAUUGCUGUAACUUUUUUGGUUGUCAAUAGAAAUGUGUCAUAUUUGGCUCCAAUAUGCACUAGUGUCUCACGAAUCAUGUGCCAAAAAAUUAUUUCGGGAAAUUUCCCCAAUUUGGAAAAAAUUGAAAAAACCAAAAUUUUGAUGAUUUUCUAUGCGACAAAAUUAUAACCGCACUUACGAAUUUGGUGAAUUAGCCUAAUUAAAUCAAUGAAUAACAAUAACUAAUGUUUAUUUACGUUGCCUGAGGCUUCAAUAACGUCGAUUGAAUAGCCGGGAAUAUUCUGGGCAAAGUUUUUUUAGCCUCUUCUGGCCAAUAUUGUGCCAGAAUCGGAAAAGUGCCUAUUUUAGCUCAGUUACUGUAGCAUAAUGCUUGUUGUCGCGGUGUAGUUAACAAACCAGGAAGCCCCACAUGUUCUCUGUCGGAUUUGAAUCCAAGGGACGCAUGGGCUCGUCCGGGAUAGCAAUUCCUUGUCGUUUAAGAAACAGCUUUGUCGACCAGCUAAGGUAUACGCGAGCCCUGCCCUGCAUUUACGUGUAGUCUGGUUGCCAAUACGUUACCCGAUGCUUGCCUAAGACUCCCUAGCAGAGAUUGCUACGGCUCCGGAGCCGGCUCUUGGCUCCGGCUCUGAGCGACUCCGGCUCCGAGCCGGGAGCCAGAGCCGGAGCCGGAAAUUUUGGGUGCGGCUCCGGCUCCCGAGCCCAAAGUUGGAGCCAGGCUUCUCAGCGUUCAGAAAAGUAAAAAUUUCGUGAUCUUGUUAAACCAAAUAAAUACUACGGAGAAAUGCGUUGCGUAUGACUUGGCUGCAAAAACCUUGGCUGUAUGACCUCUGGCACUAGCAACGUUUAUUUUUGGGAAAAUAUUUUUAAAAAAUUCUCUGCAUGGGAGCCGAGAUUCGGAGCGGCAAGCCUUUUUAAGCUUUUCAUGGGAGCCGGGAGCCGGAGCUGCAAAUUUGGCCUCGGCUCCGGCUCUGGGAGCUAAGAGCCGGAGCCGGAGCCGAAAUUUUGACCGUGGCAAUCUCUGCUCCCUAGUACUCAAGGAUACUUAUUUGAGUUGAUGUGGCCUCCAACGGAAGCACUCCGGUUCUUCGAAUGCGCCGAAAGAUUAUCAGCAAGCCACCUAAAACGUUACGGCGCGGGAAGUAAUGCGUUUCUCUUCUGAUUUCACGUCUGUAAUGUGGGUCAUGUGUGAAGCCGUCAGGUACAUCAUUUGGCCAUAAAAUCUUCAAGGAUUUCGGCACUGUAAUGAUGUUAAACUAACCUUUCACUGAUCAACCUAUUUUGCCAAUGUCACCUUGGAAAAUCUCGGCCGCGCUCUGCCGUGGACCCGGCCAGCUGAGGCCACAACUUCAUACGACGCCCAGUGAUGACGUAGCUGUGUCUUACAACCUCCAUCAUAGCUUUACUGCUACAAUUGAGGCCUAUUUCUUAGCUUAUAUGAGCCCAAGGGAUAUUGGAGUUGGAAACUUGGCGGAUAUAUCAGCCCUUGCUCUGCUGCAGUGGCGCACCUUUUUCCCAGAACGUUUAGAUGUGUUAUAGGCUUCUGGGUUACUCAGUUAGAUGCUGGCAAACUCUGUCCGAAUGGCCUACCUGAGCUAAAAUAGGCACUUUUCCGAUUCUGGCACAAUAUUGGCCAGAAGAGGCUAAAAAAACUUUGCCCAGAAUAUUCCCGGCUAUUCAAUCGACGUUAUUGAAGCCUCAGGCAACGUAAAUAAACAUUAGUUAUUGUUAUUCAUUGAUUUAAUUAGGCUAAUUCACCAAAUUCGUAAGUGCGGUUAUAAUUUUGUCGCAUAGAAAAUCAUCAAAAUUUUGGUUUUUUCAAUUUUUUCCAAAUUGGGGAAAUUUCCCGAAAUAAUUUUUUGGCACAUGAUUCGUGAGACACUAGUGCAUAUUGGAGCCAAAUAUGACACAUUUCUAUUGACAACCAAAAAAGUUACAGCAAUUUCUAAAGUGCGGUUAUAAUUUUGUCGCGCACUGUAUUUUUUUUGCAUUGUUACAAAACAAUACGGAGAAAAUUCCAUAAUUUUUUUUCAGAAAGCCAAGAAGGGAAAGAAGCAAACUGAGUCUGUCGACCGUUCUGUUCCAACCUAUAAAACCUCAUCGCUUGGGUUCAAGACAACGGGUGGUACACAAGAGUUUCACUAA